CUGACAUGACUGAGACACAUCGCCUUCUGCCUCCAGUCCAUGCCUUUGGAGUAGAUCAUCGUCGCAGAUAUCAGAUUCAGUUCAUUGCCUUUCUAUCUGCUAUAAACGUUCGAGCUCUCCGACGCUUGAACCCACUGCCCGAAGAUCUACCGUAGAAACGAAAAUUGUACCGUUGUAGAUAUCCAAAUGCAUGCUUCGAUAUCAUUUCAAGACCCAAUCUUGAGCCUUUGCAAUUUGCAAUUAGAAUUCUCUCACAUGGCUCCGAGCCUCUCCCGUUGUCUCUCGCUCUUAUUACGGUCGUCAUAAUGCCUCGUCCUCAUUUCGUAAUUCCCACCUAUCUACCUCCUCUUCAUCUCUAUCGACACAUCCUUCGCGAAACAUCGUAUCUCCCUCCAGCAAUACGUCCAGAGGUUACACAUCGUAUUCGCACACGAUUUCGAAGCCAUCGAAAAUAUGAUCGCCACCAGAACAGGCACCGCGUCACUGCGGUCAAUCUUCUGCGUAAAUUGAGAGCAGCAAACAGUGGCAAGCAAACGCUCAUGGAAGACUUGAUAAUGGAGGCAUUUGGUAGAACAGGGGCCCGAAGGCGAAGCCUACUUUCGGACUUUAUAAAGCUCGAACCUCCCAGUAACUCGGAUGCUUUGGAGGCCUUGAUCCAAGGAGUUGAAGCGCACGAAAAGUCAGCAGAAACGGUCGAGCUUAAAGCAAUUAAGUUGCAAGCCGAUUCCUCUCCACAUAAACCAGCCGAAACAGCGAUAGAUAGCCAAACCUCGACGAAUCCUCCAAAGGACUCGAACGAAACACCAGGCAAUGGAGAAGAACCAAAAGCGAAAGCACCUCUGGUACGAAAAGGACCAAAACCUCUUCAGCCAGCAUUCUAUGCGAAGUGGGACACUGAGAAGCUCCGAAAGCUCCUCCGCAGCCAGCGGGAUUUACAGCAAUCAGCAAGACUAUCUUGGCCUCAUAGAGAUAUCAAAAGCCUCCAACCCGAUUCAAAGGUUCCUAGUCAAACCAUCUGGGGGAAAUCACCAACCCCCAAUAUAUAUCAAGCCAAGCGAGCAAAAUUCUGGAAGCGCAUUUCAAACAAAACGAUGCCACCUCUUGGAAAAGAUGAGUGGGAUCUUUUAGGUCGACUCAGCAGCGGCGCUCAGCAGGAAGAUCAGUGGAAAGUCCCGGAAAGACGACCUGUUGCGAAGCCCUCGCACGGUAGUACUACGAAGUCUGAUACUUGGGAUUGGGAGGGCUAUGCUUCUCGGCCCGCCUCUCAGGUUGAGCGUCAGAGUCCGCUUUCCGUCUAUGGUUUGGUUGGGCGGAAUAAGGAAAAGCAUCCAUAUCAGCCAAGGUUAAAUCAUCAGGAGUAUUCGCCCAGAUGGUUUAGGCGUGCUUAUCAACGAGUCUGGCAGUUCACCCCGAAGAUGGAUCCAGAUUCGAAGCCAGACAAGCUCAAGUUCAUAUGGGGUGCUUUGACAACCCCCGCGGUCCCCCCUACAAGAGCGCAACUGGCUAUUUUCGAGGACGUCGAUAGCAAGGGUAAAAAGCCAAACCCCCCCUCCCGAUCUCAACGAGCGCCAUAUUCACAAUCAAGGACUGCGGCCAACCCUCUUGAGACGCAGAAGUCAUAGACAUCACAUUUCAUAUGGCCUCCGUGCUCAGUGAACAUUUGACUGUUUUGUUUUCCAUUAUGCCUAUCAAUCCGUUAAAUUGGCCAGUUUGUUCAGGCCCUCGCCAUCAACACGCAUACCGACCCAAUCGUUCAUAGCGUAUGCACCAAUGCUCUCGUAGAACUUGAUGCUGGGCUCGUUCCACUUGAGAACUACCCAAUCAAGCCGAGCGCCAUCAAUGGCAAGGACUUGCUUAGCCAGAGUGCUCAACAGUUUCUUGCCGUAUCCCUUGCCACGUGCCGAUUCGCGCACGUAUAGGUCCUCUAGGUAGAUACCAGCACGCGAGCGCCAUGUGCUGUAGUUGUAGAAGUACAAUGCCAUGCCAGCGGCUUCACCUUCGGGGGUAAAGAGGAGAAGGCAACGAGCGGGCUUCGUUGGUGAUAUAGGUUCGGUGGCUGGGAUAAUGGAGGCGUCGACAUUAGGGGAGUCGGAGGGUGCGAACGCGACUGUGGCCUGGAUGCUUUCAACGGUCGCCUUGUUCGCAUCAGGCUCCUUCUCGUAAUCUGCGAGCUCCUGGAUGAGCUGGAGAAUUGUGGGAGCAUCUUCAGAGAGCUUAAGUUAGCACCAUGACGACUCUCUAGAGGCAUUGGAUUGGAUGUUGGAGCUUACCCUCCCUUCGGGCAUGUCGAAUUGUGGCCAUUGUAAACGUAUGAUAGUUGACAACUGUACAAGAGCUCCAAGAUACCCUCUACAGAGAAUUAUAUUUAUACUUCAAUCGAUCAGAAGAGCUGAAAACUGUAGAAAGUUUGGUUGACU